AUGUGGGAAGUAGAAUUAAAUGGAAAACAACAUCCAAACGUAGUUAAUAAAAUAGGUUCAAUUGCUUAAUGGUAUUUAAAGGCAGCAUAAUAUUGGGAAAAUACAGAAGCAACUACAAAUGGAGUUUUAGGAGGAUUCGGAAUUUUACAUGAACCUGAUAUACAUGAUUCAAAUGAAUUUUUAGAUUUUUUAAAUAAAAAUUUUGGAUUACAAUAUGGAAGAGUAAUUGAUUGUGGUGCUGGAACAGGAAGAAUUACAAAAGAAUUAUUAUUAAAGCAUUUUUAAACUGUAGAUGUUGUUGAUUAAAACCCUAAAUACAUAGAACAUAUGGCAUAGGAAUUUAAUAGUAAUCCUUAAGUUUAAUUAUAUAUAACAAGUGGACUUUAAAGUUUGAAUUUUACAGAAUUAUACGAUUGUAUAUGGAUAUAAUGGGUUUCAAACUAUUUAACUGAUGACGAUUUUAUUAAUUUUUUAACUAGAUGUAAAAAUGCAUUAAAAAAAAAUGUAAAUUUAAAAACAUGCUUAUUUACUUUGUUAUAUUUUUGUAAAUAAUUUUAUAUAAAGGGAAUAAUUAUUGUAAAAGAAAACAUUGCAAAUAGUGGAUUUGUUGUAGAUAAGGAAGACAAUUCAGUUACAAGGUCUGAAUAAUUAUUUUUGGAACUUUUUAAUUAAGUUUAAUUAGUUUUAGUUGCAGAUUAAUUAUAAUCUAAUUUUCCAAAAGAACUUUUUAAAGUUAAAAGUUAUGCAUUAAUGAGUUAAUAUUGA